CUGAGUCGGGGAGGGCUGCCUCUCAUCUCUCCGUCCUUCACUUCCUCCACCUCCGCUGCCAUGGAGCUCCAGCAGGCUGAAUCACCGCAGCAUCUGCAGACGGGGCUGAGGUAGAUGUGUGUGAGAGCGGGGGAGUAUGGAGCGAGUGUGCCUGAGCAGGUGGGCAUCGAGCUCUGCGGUGGUGUUCCUUCACACGCUGGCCUUGUCCUGGACAGACGUCCUCGCCGCCGAAAUUGACGGACGCCACCGAGCCGCCGUGACCCUGCAGGAGAACACGACCCACUGGUUCAACUGCCAGUCGGGCGGCUGGGACCCCCACGCACCCCCCUUGCUAACGUGGUACCUGAACGGGCGGCGGCAGCUCCCUCUGCCGCCGAGCCACGGGCGGCCGCCGCCGGUGAGGAUGAUGGGGAUGACGACGCCGCCGCCGCCGCCACCGCGGGGAGGCUCCGAGGCCGGUGGGGCGCGGGCCAAUCGCAACAGCACAUUCUCUCUGCGGGCCCGGAAGUGGGACCGGGAGCUGGUGUGCGUGGCAUCGAACCCACGCACCGGAGAGACCCACAAUGCCACGGUCACGCUCAAUGUCCAGUUCCAGCCGGAGAUCCUCCAUCUGAACGGCCACUACAGCGAGACCUCGGACCCCGGCCUCUCCUUGGUCCUCUUCGCCUUGGUGCGCUCCAACCCCCCCGCCACCAUCACCUUCGUCGACCAGUCCGGCCAGCUGGUGGCCAACGCCUCCGACUUCCUCGUCCUGGACGCGCGGCUCCACCCUUGGUUGACCAAUCACACGCUGAAGGUCACGCUGGGCGGCCAGUCGGGGAACGUCUCGCUGAAGGUCAGCAACAGCGUGGGGGCGGUGCAGAGCAACCUGACGCUGGCAGAGUUCCUGCAGUCCCGCGUGGAGGUGCCCAUGCUGGGAAUAGUGACUGGGGGAGUCAUGGCCUUCAUGGCCCUCCUCAUCCUCAGUCUGAUCGUUCUCUGCCUCAUGCAAAAAAACAAGUCCUUUGAUGAGCCGGUGGAGAUUCUGAUGACCAAGAAAAGCGACUCAGCCACUCUGAAGCCGGAGAAAGCCGUGAAGGCCCACCUCCCCAGAGACAACAUGUCGCUGCCUUCCAACAUGCAGCUCAACGACCUCAACACUUUGAGAACAGCCCGAGAGGCCGCCCAGCAGAACAGCAUGGGCGAGAAGAAGGAAGAGGAGGAGGAGGAGGAAGAAGAUCUGUCCUUGGCCUACGCCGCCAGAGGUUUUGCCAGAUAUCCGAUGGUGGGCUACAUCUACAAGGUGAACAGCAAAAGCAGCGAGGAGAUCUGGCUCUGACUGACCUCCAAGUCACACACACACACACACACACACAUGCCCCUCCAUGCAUGCAACACUUCUUCUAACCGUGCAGCUGUACCAAGAGAAAACAAAGAACAACUGCCACUCAGCCAUUUCGACCAAUCACCUGUCACCUUCGAGCUGGCCCAGGAUGGCGGGGAACCAGAAACCAUCUUCCUCCGUUUCUCCGAGUUCAUCCACACACUUGAAUUGAAGUCAUCCAUGUUUUUGUGUCUCUGAGUCAAGCGCUCCAUAAAACUCUCCAUAAAAUAGCUCACGUUUUCUAAGUUUGGCCAUGACCUCCUCCUGUAACCACGCGCUCAUGGUCUCUUAUCGCAUCCUCUUAUCUGCAUUAAUAGGAUGGAGCAUAUUUACGGAGUGUGUCCUUGUAUAUAUAUAUAUAUAUGGACAUGGACAAGUCGUGUACUGUAUAUUUGUAUGCAUAUGUAUAUGUGUAUAAAAGAGGACGUCUAAAUAAAGAUGAUAUUGAAAUUGUAUGAACUGAA